AUGCAAAUGCGGUCCAGCCAACGACCAGCUCGAACGUCAGCCUCCCUACUUCACAGGGCCCUGCACAGCAUCAUCAACAUCAUCAUCAUCAUCAUCAUCAUCAUCAUGGCAGCGUUCACUCCCAAUGAUGAUCUCGAGAGUACAGACAAGUUCCAGUACGAGAUUUACCUCCUGGGGCCAUGCCUACUCCUGGGCAUCCUUUGCACCGAGGAAUACACGCUGCCAGAGAUCCUUUGGACCACCUCCAUCUGGUUGGAGUCCGUAGCCAUCGUGCCGCAGCUGGUGCUGCUGCAGCAGAUGCGGGAGGUGGAGAACUUGACGUCCCAAUUCGUGGCCACCAUGGGCGCGUGA